CACGUAGAGGUCAUAGGGAUGGGCAAAGACAGACGUGUCCGACUUACUAGAACAAUAAAGCCAAUCAACUAUAAGCUGGAGAUCAUCCCAAACCUUUCAAACUUAACCUUCAAAGGUCAUGUUACCGUAAAUUUGCAGGUACUAGUUUACCAACACUUAACACUUGAUAUUUAUGGAACUCUUGCCAGUGACAUGCUUGGCCUUUAUUACAGUACUUAUACGGAUGAAAAUGGGCAAACAUGUGGUGUUCUAGCCACCCAAUUCGAAUCGGUGUUCGCGCGCCGAGCAUUCCCUUGCAUUGAUGAGCCGGAUCGGAAAGCGACUUUUGACAUCACCAUCGUCGCUCUCGACAAUCAAGUUGCACUCUCAAACAUGGUCCGUCACCGUUCGUUCGUUACGUUUGACCGUACUCCGGUUAUGUCGACCUACCUUGUUGCUAUGGUGGUGGGGCACUUCGAGUUCAUCUCCAGCACAAUCUCUACGUACGUGGCAAGGAAUUGCUCUUUUGGGAAACACGCAUUGACAGUUGUGGAGAAGUCGCUACCGUUCUACACCAAACUAUUUGGAUACCCCUAUCCACUGUCGAAGCUUGAUUUGGUUGCCAUUCCCGAUUUCGCAUGCAAUGCGAUGGAGAACUGGGGCUUGAUAACCUAUAGAGAAACGGCGUUACUAAUCGACCCGAAGAACUCCUCUCUUUUGUCGCAGCAGAAGGUGGCACUGACAGUGGCACACGAGGUGUCACACAUGUGGUUCGGCAACCUUGUGACUAUGUCGUGGUGGACGGACCUCUGGCUCAAUGAGGGUUUUGCAACGUGGGCGCAAUACCUUGCUGUUGAUUACUGCUUUCCCAACUAUCGUGUUUGGGUGAGUUGUCCUUGCGCAUCGUCUGACUUCUGUCUUGCCCCACUCACUUCACCGACUUGGUUGGCUACACCGUCAUUUUCGACG